AUGAGCUCUCACGUUUCCGACAUGGUGUCUGCUACUCCCGCUGCUCAGGCCACUCCGGUUUCUCCACCUAACGUAGCCGCCCAGGAUUCUUCUGCCGUCCAGGCCACUCCGGUCGUUCAGCCCACCGUCGCUGUUCAGCCUCCUGUCGUCCAGACCACUCCGGCUGGUCAGACCUCUACCAAGCUGACCCAUGAGCGACUUAUCAACAAGCUCAUGAUCCAGUAUGAGAAGGUAGCCGAGACAUACCCAGACGAGAAGGACCAAGAGCGCGUCAAAGCUCUCCAGGCCGUCAUCCAAGAAGCCAUUGACGACACUAAAGCGGUCAUGGACAGCGGCGAAUAUGUCUCCCCUGGCCAGAUGAAGCACGAUGUCGACUACCAGAUCCAGAAAGUUCACAAACGCUUCGACCUCCAUGCCAAGCUCGUCAAGUUCGUUAGAGACCACCGCAGGAAGAAUAUGAUCGAGGAAUACACCCCCGAGAAUGCAGGCAAUGCGCACACUACUCCCGGCCCCAGCGAGGCUGCUGCUGCUCAGCAGAGCCAAGCCGUCUUCCAGAGCCCCGGCGUCGAAGCCGCGUCGAUUCUCGAGAGCAUGCGCACCAGCAAGCCCGCCAGCAAGCCCGCCGCCAAGAAGAGCGCGGCGAAGACCUCACACAUCAUCAAGCGCUCGAUCCCGGCUGCAGCCCCAGCUACCAGGCAGCCAGCCACCACUCAACAGGCCACCACUCAGCCAGCUCUCAGCAGCAAAGCCAAAGGCAAGCAGCGCGCCGUCGAGCCCUCGUCCCCGAUCUCUCCCACCAACAACAAGCGCAAGCGCUCUGGCGACGACAACACCGCCGCCGCCCCGACGACCCCGCCCAAGCGAUCCAAGUACGCCGGCUUCCUCUCCGUCCCCGUCAUCGACACCACCAAGACCGCGGAGCAGGUGUUCUUCGAUGGUGUUGAGUACGCUGUCCAGAACUACCUGGUCCAGAUGAACGGCAUGGCCAACGAGAUGACGCGCACCUUUGCUCACUCGGGCGACUUCCAGAAAUACGUCAUGCAUGGACUUGGACUCGGUAUCAGGGAUGGCGAGGUGGUCAAUGUGGCAACGUAUGGCCAGGAUGCUGGUGGUGAGUAGAGGGGUGUCGGUGUUGUACGAUACCGUGACUGGUUCGUGGUGUUGUUGAACACGAUAGAUUGAUU